CUUUUUUUCCGUUUACUUCGGCCGCCGAACCGCGUAGAGAUUACUGGAAAUUUCUAGAACACAGCAGUGUUAGCUGUUUAUCACAACAGCUGAUUCUAGAACGUUCGAUCGCGUUCGACGGGUAUUGGUAUAAAACCGACCGGCGUUUUAACCACCGCAACAGUCGUCGCUUUGCUACCUGUCUCUGCUCGCGUAUCUAACGCAUCUCGGAAUUCUCUGUGUGUAUUGUGAACAUUUCCACUGUUGCAUUCAGCGCCAUAUACAUUCUCAUCGUUACACCGUUUGUGUUGUACAGUCGAUUGUUUGGUUCAAUUCGUUUGCCUGCUGAAUAAUCAAGAUGUCUAUUUUACCAUAUUUAUUGGAUGAACUAUCAAGACCAACUAUUUAUGACCAACAUUUUGGUCUCAAUUUAUUAGACGAUGAUUUAGUAUUGCAUCCUCGACGAUUGCACCGUAGACUCAACCAUUCUCCAUCGUUUAUGUUGUAUCAAAGACCUUAUCGCCCAACUGCUUCAUCACAAGGCUUAUCACACAUACAAAAUGAUAAAAACAAUUUCAAAGUAAAUUUGGAUGUACAACAGUUCAAGCCAGAUGAAGUAUCUGUAAAGGUUGUAGAUGGCUUUAUAGUAGUAGAUGGCAAACACGAGGAACGAAGUGAUGAACAUGGUUUCAUUUCACGUCAAUUUACCAGACGUUAUAAGAUUCCAGAUAAUGUUGAAUCUGAUGCUAUUGUGUCUUCAUUGUCUUCAGAUGGUGUAUUAAGUAUUGGAGCUCCCAAAAAGGUGCCUAAGAAUGCUGCUGGUGAAAUACCAAUUCAGAUAGUCCAGACAAACCAACCAAGUAUCAAACAAUCGCAGAGUAAAGAAAAUGAGAAAAUGGACACAAACCCGUAAUAAAUUGCUUUUAAUAGUAUCAUUGAUUAUAAAUAUGAUUUAUAAUUAAUGGUAGUAAUCAACCUCUUAUGUUUUAUUUAUCGA